AGUAACUGCUUUAAAAAACAUUUAAAAAAAAUCUAUCUUUUGUAUAUCAAUGCGUAUAUGACUUUAACUAUACCCAGCUAACGAUUUUGACUUCCCAGAACUUUCUAAGGAAUCUUAGUUCAUGGUUAUUUUUCAAUGAUACAGAAAAAUAAAAAAUCAAGCCAAACAAAAACAUAAGGGGAAUUAUGUAUUAAGAAAUUGAGCAGUUUUUAAGCAUAAAUAUGAAGACACUGAAACCAACAGGUUUUAUUCAAAUUUACUUAAACUAAGUCUCAUGCUGAGCAUAAGCACAGGGUCACGUCAGUCUAGUACGGUAUUUAUUACAGAACACUCAUUGUUCUUGAGCUGAGUCCAUCAACCUUCAGGCUUUCUAAAGAAUAGAGCAUCCAUGGAAACAGCCACUAACUCAGUGUAACAGCGCUUUCCAAACAUGCCACUGUGCUGCAAGAAUGUGACAAAAAUCAGAAGCUAAGCUGUUCAGGAAUCAAAUUUAUGCAAAGAAAAUGUGUCAUGCAUGAGUAACUCAAAGAUGACCUCUCAUGAAAAGAAAAUCAGCAAACAGCAGAAACCAUCUCUCAGAAUCCCAUUGGGACGUCUGCGAAGAACAGAUUUAUUGCUUCUCAAAAAUGGUCAAAUAGCGUCGAAACACCCACAAGCCUUUCCAAUGCUGGGAGAACUUCCUUCAUUAGCAGGCUUGUUGCUCUACCCUGAUAAGCGGGAAAAGAUGGUUACCACAACAGAAAGAGAAUUUGGACCCAAAACAUGCCCAAAGGUAGAGCCGAAGAAGAUCCAACAGUGCAACCUAACUCUAGACGGAGACAGGAGCUUCAGCACAACUAACAGGGAGGAUUACCUUUCUUACAACCAAGAUGGUGCUCCAAUUGCGUGGCAGGGGAAAGUCCCAGCGAGAGAUGACUGGGCUGUCCAAGCACAGAGAUGUUCUCUUUACCAACAGGACUUCCCGGUCCCAAAGAGAAACUAUGUUAGGAGAAAUCAGGUCGUACCUCAUCCUGACAACCUGGCGAUCAACACUUCAAUGAGAGCCGAAUACAAAACAGUGCAGCAAGAGGCUUUCCCAGGCUGGGAUGUUUCUGUGCACGCCCGCCCAGCCCCUGCCCGAAUCAAAAGAACAGAUGAAGGCCAGAGAGAAUCCUUAGUGCUUUAAAUCACCGUAAAGCAUGCAUUUGUAUUCAGCCUAGCUUUCAUUACUUUUAAUUUUGUGUUUUUGAUUUAUAUAUUCAAAUAUUUGGGGUAUAAUUAUUAAUGUGACCGGCAUCAUCUAGUCGGCUGUAUUAAAAAUGUGGGGUUUGAAAUGACAUUGAUAAAGUUCAAUGCAAAACAGUUUUAUUAAAAAAGUAUCAUUUAAUGAGGAAAGUAUUUUUCUUGUACAUAGUAGGGCUGAAAACUACACAAAAAAUGUCUUGGUUUUGGUUCAUGAAGGAACUGUCCUAAUUCUAGACAAGUCAUGAAUUUACAUCUUGAAUCUUUAUACACACAUUUGGAUCUCCAUGGACAUCUACAU